UUUUUUUGUAGCCAUUGAAGGUUUUGAAGCACAUUGCGACCGAAAAAAGGUGGAAGAGAGAGCAGAGAGGAAGCCCGGAGAGAAAGAUGAUGGGCGGCUUCGAUGGAGUCUCUGAAGCAAACUUGCCCGGCAAGCUUCACUCGGACAUUGAUGUCAUUGGUGAUGAUGCAGUGAAUGACUGCCCCAUCGAGGAAGUUCGGCUAACUGUUCCAAUCACCGAUGACCCUUCACAGCCAACCUUGACGUUUCGGACAUGGGUUCUGGGGAUUUUAUCGUGUGCAAUUCUUGCUUUCGUCAACAAAUUCUUUGGGUUCCGAACAAAUCAGCUCUCUGUUUCUUCAGUCUCGGCGCAGAUUGUUGUCCUUCCUCUAGGAAAGUUGAUGGCUGCGACCCUUCCAACCAGAAAAUUCCGAGUUCCCUUCACAAAAUGGUCGUUUACAAUGAAUCCGGGGCCGUUCAAUCUGAAGGAACAUGUGUUGAUCACCAUAUUUGCUAACUCGGGAGCAGGCGGCGUUUAUGCAGUUCACAUCAUCACGAUUGUCAAGGCCUUCUACCACAGACCGCAGAAUCCUGCAGCAGCCUUCCUGUUAGCACAAACCACUCAGAUGCUUGGGUAUGGAUGGGCUGGCUUAUUCAGAAAAUACCUUGUUGACUCCCCUUACAUGUGGUGGCCCUCAAAUCUAGUUCAAGUUUCUCUCUUCAGGGCAUUGCAUGAGAAGGAAAAGAGACCAAGGGGAGGCCUGACUAGGCUGCAGUUCUUCCUUACUGUUUUCGCAUGCAGCUUUGCUUACUACAUUGUUCCCGGAUUUCUUUUCCCCUCCAUCUCUGCUUUCUCCAUUGUUUGCUUGAUAUGGAAGAGCUCCAUCACCGCCCAACAGAUCGGUUCCGGCAUGGGUGGCCUUGGCAUUGGCUCUUUCGGCUUCGAUUGGUCCACAAUUGCCGGCUUCUUGGGCAGCCCUUUAGCCACACCUGGAUUUGCCAUCAUCAAUAUGUUAGUUGGUUUCAUCUUGAUCCUCUACGUUCUCACCCCCAUUUCUUAUUGGUCCAAUGCGUAUGAUGCUAAGAAGUUUCCAAUCUUCACCUCUCACACUUUCGACUCCACGGGCAAGACCUUUAAUAUUUCACGGGUUCUGAACGAAACAACUUUCGACAUUGACCUCGAAGCGUAUAACAAUUACAGUAAACUCUAUCUCAGUACCUUCUUUGCCUUUACUUAUGGCUUGAGCUUUGCCACUCUUACAGCCACUAUUUCACAUGUUGGCCUCUUCCAUGGAAAGUCAAUUUGGCACAUGUGGAAGAAGACAGCUAGUGUCGUGAAAGAUCAAGUCGGCGACAUCCAUACCCGUCUGAUGAAAAAGAACUAUGAUUCUGUCCCUCAAUGGUGGUUUCAACUCAUCCUUGUUUUAAUGGUUGGCCUUUCCAUCUUUGCUUGUGAAGGUUUUGGAAAACAGCUCCAACUUCCAUGGUGGGGAGUUUUAAUGGCUUGUGGCAUUGCCCUAUUUUUCACCUUGCCCAUCGGCAUUAUUCAAGCCACAACAAACCAGCAACCGGGGCUUAAUGUGAUCACGGAGCUAGUUAUUGGGUAUAUUUACCCAGGGAAGCCCCUUGCUAAUGUGGCCUUUAAAACCUAUGGAUACAUCAGCAUGGCACAAGCACUCACUUUUCUUGGUGACUUCAAAUUAGGUCACUACAUGAAGAUCCCUCCUAAGUCAAUGUUUAUUGCACAGCUAGUUGGAACAGUAGUGGCUUCAGGUGUAUAUUUUGGCACAGCAUGGUGGCUUCUCGAAUCCAUUGAGCACAUAUGCGAUACAUCAAAUUUGCCAGAGGGAAGUCCGUGGACAUGCCCGGGAGACGAUGUGUUCUACAAUGCUUCGAUCAUAUGGGGGGUCAUAGGCCCCCUCCGAAUGUUCACCAGUUACGGAGUCUACAAGGAGAUGAACUGGUUCUUCCUCAUCGGCCUACUUGCACCUGUUCCGGUUUGGUUCCUCUCCAAGAAAUUCCCCAACCAAAAGUGGAUCAGGCUUAUCAACAUGCCCAUAAUCCUCGGAGCAACGGGCAACAUGCCGCCGGCUAAAGCAGUGCACUUCAUAACAUGGUUUACGGUUGGUAUUUUCUUCAGCUUUUAUGUGUACAAAAGGCACAAGGGCUGGUGGGCUAGGCAUAACUAUAUCCUCUCUGCUGCUUUGGAUGCUGGCCUUGCCUUCAUGGGAGUUCUCAUGUAUUUCUCCCUCCAAUCCAAUGGGAUCAAUGGGCCUCAAUGGUGGGGUCUGGAAGGCAGUGACCACUGCCCGUUGGCCCAGUGUCCGACGGCUCCCGGGGUAGCUGCCAAAGGCUGCCCAGUCCAAUGAGAUAUGCUUUCGAGGAAUCCUGCAUUUGUGUUCUUAUUUCAUUGUGAAUGUCACAUCCCAGUUUCUACUCCGAACUCCAGAUCCUACAUUUGUGAAUGUCAUGUUUCAUUACGUACAGUGUGAUUUGUUAUUAAACUACUUUAAUUACAGUUUUAAGAUUUUAA